CCAGCUCAGGCCUCCCUUAGGGAGUGUGGCCUAAUGGAAAGCCGUGGCUCCCCACCCCCCAUCCCAUCCCUUCGCCUGUCCCCAAUACCUGGGAGAUGCCAGGAGGCUUACAGCUUCAACUUCCUGCCCCCUCCAGACGGAGACCAGCCCCUUAAGCUCCCCCGCAGCCCUCACCACUGGUCUUCCUUUCCCUUUCGUUUUUUUCUGGAGUCUGGUCUUCCCAGCACCCGCCCGCCCUCUCAGGGAGGUGCCUCAUGGCAGCCCGCCCCUCCGGCCUGGUUUCCUCAGGAAAAGCCUUGGGAGGAAGCAGGGAGGGGGUUGGGAGCUGUGGGGGCCAGACUAACAUAGGCCCUCCCGCUGCACUGGCCGCCAUGGGGCUGGGGCUGCUGCUCCCACUGCUGCUGCUCUGGACUCGGGGGACCCAGGGGUCUGAGCUGGACCCCAAUGGGCAGCAUGUCUGCAUAGCCAGCAGCUCCUCUGCCAAGUUCCAGUGCUGCCCAGGCUGGAGGCAGAAAGAUCAAGAAUGCACCAUCCCCAUCUGCGAGGGGCAGGAUGCCUGCCGGGAAGACGAGGUGUGCGUGAAACCAGGCCUUUGUCGAUGCAAACCUGGAUUCUUCGGGGCCCAGUGCAACUCUCGCUGCCCGGGCCAGUACUGGGGCCCCGACUGCCGUGAGAGCUGCGCCUGCCACCCGCACGGCCAGUGCGAGCCGGCCACGGGCGUGUGUCACUGCCAAGCCGACCGCUGGGGCGACCGCUGCGAGUUCGCGUGCACCUGCGGCCCACACGGGCGAUGCGACCCCGUGACGGGCGCGUGCCGCUGCGAGCCCGGCUGGUGGUCACCCACGUGUCGCCGCCCGUGCCAGUGCAACCCGGCGGCGGCACGCUGCGAUCAGGCCACCGGCUCCUGCCUGUGCGAGCCGGGCUGGUGGGGCCGCCGCUGCAGCUUCCGCUGCACCUGCCACGGCUCGCCGUGCGCGCAGGAGACGGGCCGCUGCGCCUGCCGGCCGGGCUGGUGGGGCCCCGACUGUCGGCACCGGUGCGAGUGCGCGCGCGGCCGCUGCAGCGCCGCCUCCGGCCAGUGCUCCUGCCCGCCCGGCUUCCGCGGCGCGCGCUGCGAGCUGCGCUGCCCGGCCGGCAGCUACGGGGCGCAGUGCCGCCACAGCUGUGGCCACUGCAAGCAGAAUGAGCCGUGCUCUGCGGACACAGGCAGCUGCGAGUCCUGCGAGCCGGGGUGGAACGGGACCCAGUGCCACCAGCCCUGCUCACCUGGCACCUUUGGUGAGAGCUGCAGGCAGCAAUGCCCCCACUGCCGGCUUGGGGAGGCCUGUCAGCCAGACACUGGCCACUGUCAGCGCUGUGACCCUGGCUGGCUGGGGCCCAGAUGUGAAGACCCCUGCCCGAAUGGCACUUUUGGGGAGGGCUGUGGCUCUACCUGCCCCACCUGUGAUCAGGGGGCCUGCGAUGCUGUGACUGGGGAAUGUGUCUGCAACGCCGGCUACUGGGGGCCCAGCUGCAACACUUCGUGCCCAUCUGGCUUUCAUGGCAACAACUGCUCUAUUCCCUGCGAAUGCUCAGAGGGACCCUGCCACCCUGUCUCUGGGGCCUGCCAGCUGGGGUCUCGCAGUCAGGAUGCUGCCCUCAUCGCGGGCAUCCUUGUGCCUCUGCUGCUGCUCCUCCUGGGCCUUGCCUGCUGCGCCUGCUGCUGCUGGGCCGCUCGGUUGGACCCCAAGGACAGGCCUGUGAGAGAUGGAGCUGCUGUGUCCAGGAUGAAGCUGCAGGUCUGGGGGGCACUGACCAGCCUGGGCUCUGCGCUGCCCUGUGGUUCCCUCAGCAGCCACAAGCUUCCCUGGGUAACAGUCUCGCACCACGACCCAGAGACGCCCUUCAACCACAGCUUCAUUGAGCCGCCCUCUGCCGGCUGGGCCUCGGACGACUCCUUCUCUUCGGAUCCCGAGUCUGGAGAGGAGGACGAGGGUCCUGCCUACUGUGUGCCACCCCAAGAAGGGAUGGUCCCUGUGGCCCAAGCAGAGCCGUCAGAGGUCAGCCUGGCUGGAGGUCCCUUCCCUCCCCCGGAGGAUGCCUCCACGCCAUUCGCCAUCCCUCGCACUUCCAGCCUAGCACGGGCCAAGCGGCCGUCAGUCUCCUUUGCCGAAGGCACCAAGUUUGCACCGCAGAGUCGCAGAAGCUCAGGGGAGCUCUCCAGCCCACUCCGAAAGCCCAAGAGGCUCUCCCGGGGCGCCCAGCCAGGUCCUGAAGGCCAGGAGGCAGAGGAGCCCACAGGCCCAGAGCAAGCAGAAAUGGACAAGGCCCUUCCUGGUGCUGCCAGCCCCAGGGAUUCAACCACUGGCCGCCGCCGGCUCCCACUUGGUGGCCGGACAGUGGCUGAGCGUGUGGAAGCCAUCGAGGGCAGUGUCCAGGAGAGCUCAGACUCUGUAACCACUAUCUACAUGCUGGCAGGGACACCCCGGGGAUCUGAGGGCCCUGUCCGGUCUGUCCUCCGCCGUUUUGGUAGCUUCCAGAAAGGCCAGGCAGAGCCGAAGGUCAAGAGUGCCAUCCCCAAGCCUCCACGGCGGGCCCUGAGUCGGAACAAGGGCAGCCCAGGGCCGGCCUCUAGCUCUGCCAAUCAGAGCCCUGGCUCAGCCCCAAAGGAGGAGCUCAAGGGGACUUUGGAGUCUGUAGGAGCUGGGCCAGAGGAAGUGGGCAGGGACCUGGGGGAUGGCAUCAAGAACUCAGGGAGGGCCCAGGAGCCAGGCCCUGAGGGCGGCCCCCCAGAACAGGAUCCCCAGAAGCUGGCUGAAGGGGAAGGGCAGGAGGAGCCCCAGUAUGAGAAUGUUGUAACCAUCUCUGGGCCACCAGAGCCCUGAGGACCUUGAAUUUGGGGACUGGGAAGAGUAUGGUUGGGGGUGGGCAUCAAACUGCCCCUGGAUCAGACUGUGUUUUGUGCUGGACAAAGAGCCCAGGGCCAGGAAAGACAUAGCAGAGCCUCUGCCCUUCCAUGGGAAAUGUGAGUUAGAGGCCAGCUGGCCCUGGGCCCUGGCAGUGCUCCGGGAGUGCUCUGGAAAGCCUGGGCAGAGACCCUGUGGGAUGGGGUCAGGAAGGGGAAAGGAUGGCUGCAGGGACUUUUUCUCUGUUGUCCUGGACUCUGUUUACCCCAGGAGGCUAUUCUUUCCUUCAUUUGCAAAACAUUUUUCUGAAAUGGGAAAUAACCUAAAUGUUUGAUGAUAAAAGAUUGGUUAAAGAAAUAUUUCUUAUGAUAGCUUCCUAAACAACCACAAAAAAUCAUGUUGUGCAAGAAUAUUUAAUAUGGGAGAUAGGGGAGAAUGUUCACGCUAUACUAGUAAUUGUAAAAAGUAAGUUUUCUUAUAAAUUUCACUUCUUUUUGCCUCAGGAUACAUGUUGAGAAUUUUUCCAUUUUGUGUCUAUUUUGUGAUUGCUUUACAAACUGUUUUUUUAAAAAAGGAUGUGUGUGCAUUAAAAAGAUUAAAAGAAAGGCA